AUGGCUGUUCCUCUCUCCCGCUGCUCCUGUCUCUUGCCAUCUCCUCUGCUCUCCUCUCUCCUCCACUAUCCCCUCCCUCCUCUCCUCACCCUUGCUCUUCCCCUGUCUUCUCCUCUCGCCUCCUCUCCUCCUCUCUCACGCUUGUUCUUCCUCUUGUCUCUCCUCCUCUCCCCUUCAGUCUCCCCUUCAGUCUCCUCUGCUGGAGUUACACUGCGCAGUCCCGAGCCUCGCGCUGGUACUGGAUACGGCUCAGGAGAUCAUCCGACUUGUUCGGGAGAGACUGAACGUUUGCAAGCAUGGGCGGACAACGCUAAUGCCUGUGCAGUGCAGUACGCAGGGACUGGGGCCCUCAAGACAGACUUCACAAGGACAGGGAAGAGGACCCAGUGGGGACUUCUCAUGGACGGCUGGAACUCCAUGAUUCGUUACUACAAGAACAACUUCUCAGACGGCUUCAGACAAGACGCCAUUGACCUGUUCCUGGGUAACUUUGCUGUAGACGAGACAGAUGGACCGACCCCGCUCAGGGAGCAGAAAGACUGGAAGUUUCUCACUCUGCCCAUCAUCAUGCUGGUGGCCUUCUCCAUGUGCAUCGUGUGUCUUCUCAUGGCUGGUGACACGUGGACAGAGACCCUGGCCUACGUCAUGUUCUGGGGAGCAGCUAGCACCAUCACUGCUGCCAUCAUCCUGUACAACGGCCAGGACUUUGUGGACUCUCCCAAGCUGGUGCACAAGGAGAAGUUGGACUGA